UUUGCCGUGCCCGCCGACCCGAGAGCUACCAAUGCGAGGCUAACAGGCGUUAGCUACCGGGAGCGGACAUGUUGUGCCGACCCUUCCGUGAACAAACAUCGUUGUAAACAGUAAAUCGGGAGCAGAAGAGAAAGCCCAGAGUGCCUGGCAGUCAUGGAGGCCGUUAACGCCUUUAACCAGGAGUUAUUCUCACUGAUGGACUCCAAGCCUCCAAUAUCCAGGGCUAAGAUGAUCUCCAUCACCAAAUCAGCCAUCAAAGCUAUGAAACUCUACAAACACGUGGUCCAGAUUGUCGAAAAGUUUAUCAAAAAGUGUAAGCCUGAAUAUAAGGUAGCAGGUCUGUACGUGGUGGAUUCCAUUGUUCGGCAGUCCAGACAUCAGUUUGGAGCAGACAAAGAUGUAUUUGGUCCCAGGUUCACCAAAAACAUCACAGGAACCUUUGAGAACCUUUGCCUUUGCCCCAUAGAGGACAGGAGCAAGUUGGUGCGGGUUUUGAACCUGUGGCAGAAGAACGGGGUGUUUAAGAUUGAGGUCAUUCAGCCCCUCCUGGACAUGGCGGCUGGCUCUGGGGGUGGUGCUGCAUCCAUCUCCAGCGUGGACGAACCUGGCUCUCCGCCACUUCCAGCCAAAGAGCCAGUUACCAUGGAUACAGACAACUCCACCUCAACCUCGGCCCCUCAGCUGGACAACUCUGAUGCCUUUGCUGCUGUGGCGCAGCUCUUCCAGUCCUCCCAGGGCCAGCAGCUUCAGCAGAUGCUCCAGAACUUCCAGCAGCAACCAGCAGUGGUGAAGCCUGAAGCCACCCCCCAGCCCCAGCCCCAGCCUCCCCAGCCUCAGCCUCCUCCACUCACCGCUCAAACACCAGUUCAGAUCGCCUCCAGUGGUCCAAGUGCAGCUGUUCCACAACCUCCCGUACCCUCACCACAGCCCCUGUUGCCCUCUCAGGCCGCCCAGCAGAAAACAGCUUUUGACACGAAGUUGCUGGACCGUUUUGAUUAUGACGAUGAACCAGAAGCUGGAGAAGAAACCAAGAAGGACGAGAUCCCCUCACAGCCUCCCCUUAUGCAACAUCCUCCAGCCUUUCCCCAGCACAUGGAGCACUUUAACACACAGGUGGUGAAUAUUUCACAAGACCUCACACAACAGGCUCCUUUGCCUCCUAAUGGUCAACUCCAGGCUCACGGCCUCCUGCCAGGACACGGGUUUCCUGUUGGGCUGCCCCCUAUGGGCCAUGCUCCUUCUGGGCAGCCCCUUCCUGGUUCCUCUGGGCCUACAUGCUUUCCAGGACUUAAUGCUCCCCAGAAUGCAGCUCAGCCACAGCAGGAAUCCUCGGCGGAUAUGGACCAUUCAUCGAUGAGGGAUGGCCGACAGUACAGAAGAUCUCAUUCAGGCUCCAGAUCUCCAAAAAGGAGGAGGUCUCGGUCUAACUCCCGCACGCGGCGGUCCAGACACAGACGAUCACGCUCUCGUUCCAGAGACAGGCGCCACCCCUCGCCACGCUCUCGUUCCCAGGAGCGCCGGGAGAGGGAGAAGGAGAGAGAACGACGGCAGAGGGGAGUUCCCUCACCCAAAAACGAGACGCUGAGUGUUUGCAGCACGACUCUCUGGGUGGGACAGCUGGACAAGAGGACUCAGCAACAGGAUGUUGCGUCCUUACUGGAGGAGUUUGGACAAAUCGAGUCCAUCAAUAUGAUUCCUCCACGUGGCUGUGCUUACAUCGUCAUGGUUCAUAGGCAAGAUGCUUUCAGAGCUCUGCAGAAGCUCAGUAGAGGAUUAUAUAAAGUUAAUCAGAAAGCAAUCAAGAUUGCCUGGGCUUUGAACAAGGGCAUAAAGCCUGAGUUUAAGCAGUUCUGGGAUGUGGAGCUGGGAGUCACCUACAUACCUUGGUCUAAAGUCAAAGAGGACCAGUUAGAAGAACUGCAAGAGGGAGGGAUGCUUGAUGUGGAUACCUUAUCUCCAGAGUGGAAUAAUAUGAGGAAGUCUCUUGGCCACCCUGAGGAACCGACCCAUAAUGGCCGUUCUGAGCAGCAGCAGCCUGAGGAGGCUCAGGUGUUGUCCAUGGCUGCUGCUGCUCCUGCCCAGGUUCCUCCGAUACAGCAGCCAAUGAUGGGUUCCCUCCGGCCACCUGUUUUUCCUGGUCCCAUUGGAAUGCUGCCACCUUCCUUUACUUCUGGUAUCCCUCCUCCUCCUUUUAUGAGACCUGGGUUCAACCCUUUGCAAAUGCCUCCAGGUUUUCCACCCUCAGGACCUAUGCACUUAGGUCCUGGACCUUCAUCUAAAAGCGGUGUUGAUGAUCAGGACCCAUCAGGUCUGGGUAGCAAGAAAAAUGAGGUCCAUGAGGGACCCAACAUCUUCAACAAUCAGUUAGGACCAAUGGGUAACCAGGUUGGGACUCCUUCAGUUGGACCUCCAAGUGGUCUUCCAGGUGGACCUCUGCCUAAUCAUCCAGUUGGACUUCCAGGUGGUCCUCCUAUUGGACUUCAAGUUGGUCAUCCGGGUGGUCUUCAAGGUGGUCCUCAAGUUGGACAUCUGGUUGGUCUUCAAGGUGGUCCUCAAGUUGGUCAUCCUGUUGGUCUUCAAGGUGGUCCUCAAGUCGGUGUUCAGGGUGGUUCUCAACGUGGUCCUCAGGUUGGUCUUCAAGGUGGUCCUCAAGUUGGUCAUCCGGUUGGUCUUCAUGGUGGUCCUCAAGUUGGUCUUCAAGGUGGUCCUCAAGUUGGCCUUCAAGGUGGUCCUCAAGUUGGUCAUCCGGUUGGUCUUCAAGGUGGUCUCCCUGUUGGAGUUUCAGGUGCUCCUCCUGGUGGGCAUCUUGGAAACAUGCAGCCUCCAUCUCCCAGUCUGCUGGGUCCACGUCCAGGAAUAAUUCAUCUCCACCACGCCAGUGUUCCACCACCACAACAUAUGCAGCGUUUCCCUCCACCUCAUGGGCCAAGACCUCCUCUCUCCAAUAUGCCUCAGAAUACAUCACAGAUGAUACCAAGGGUACCACACCCCCAGAUGAUGCGCCACGAGCCUCCUGCACCUAAAGGAGGCUUUGGGAUGCCCUCUCUGCACAAUGUCAGGGCUCCUUUCCCUCAUGGGCAUGGUCCCCCCCCUCAAGGUUCUUCUCCUGCUCCAUUUAUCAGACCAGGAGGUCCUAGAAGCUUAGAGGGUCCUGAAGAAAUGGAUGAAAGACCCUUCAGGGGAGAAAGACCUGGAUUCAGGGAUCGGGAGCAGGAAAGGGACAGAGACUGGGAUCGAGACAGAGAGAGGGAUAGAAGUUUUGGAGGAGGGGGGAGACGUUCCUUUGGUGAUGGAGGUAGGGGAGGUAGUGGUGACAAAAUGGAUGGGAGAGACCGACACGGAGGUUGGCAAGAGGAUGGAGGAAGCCAUCGAUGGGAAAGAGACCGUGAUCGGGACAGAGAGAGACGGGACUGGAGGGAGAGGCGAGGCAGCCUUGACAAGGACCGAGAACGAGGUCGCGGUGAGGAAGGGGAGAGAGACCGAGGCAGGGGUGAGGGAGGAGACAGAAACAGGGGAGAAGGGGGGAGUCGAGAGAAGGGCAGAGGACUUGAAACUAAAGUGGACAAGCCAAAGCGGUCAGAACGACGAGAGAGGACCUCGCGGUGGGACAAGGACGACAGACUGGCUGAACUGGAAAACAUGGACAGGUUCCGGAGCUCUAACAGCACAGAGCUAUCUCGUGUGACUCCUGUAGUUUCCAUGGACACCGUCAAAGAGCCAGAUGUGAAAAACUCUCAACAGUCUGAACAAUUAGCGAAGGCGACUCCCGCUCCAGGAAACCCGGCGUCUCUCCAGCCAGCUCAAAGUGAGCCCACAGAAACAAAAGAAGCGUCCUCGUAGGCCUUCAGCCUCGGACCGCCAGCCACAGCAAAGAUACUCGACAUUCAGUCCGUUGUAAUUGUCUAAUUUCCUGACAGAUUAAAUUUUAAUUAGUAACUUUGUUCAAUUGUAAUCAACAGUUUCUGGGCAGUAGAACAUUUCUUUAAAACACACAUCUCCCGUCGUUUUUUAAUUUUUUUAUUUUGUAUGAAUGCAGGCAAGGAAAACAAUUCUAACUCCAUUCAGCUGUAGUUUUUAUUUGUUUAUAUCUGCGAUGGCAAAAGCUUCUUUUAUAAACAUUCAUUUUAAAUUUGCCAAAAUCUCAUGUCAAACACUGAAUAUUGUCUCAAGCAGCUCCUUUGUAUUUGUUGGUGUCGACUCUUUAUCGCAUCAGACUUUAAAUUAAAUCAAACUAAAUUGCAGAUAUGAGGAUGAAGAUAGAACUUGUGAUUUCUCUCUCCAAAAAAAAAAAAAACACAAAUUGGUCAAAAUACCUUUAAAUACACAAUUAUUUUGAUUAUACAAGAACCUUUCACCUCAGUUUUGAAACCUGUUACUACAUACAUGAGGACCACCUUUUUUCAAUCAAACUAUUAACAUUUUUAGUUUAAAAUUUUGGAUCACAGUCAAUAAUUAAAACAUGAUCAGAAAUUUUAAAAUACAGAUUGCUCCAAUGUUGACAACCAGAGGGGUUUUGUUUAUAUCCAAGCUUUUUUUUUUUUUUUUUUGAAUUUAGGGGAAUAUGAGGUGCAAGGCUCACAAACGACGUUCAUUUUAACAUAUAAGAAAAUUUCAAUGUGAAUAUUGAGCCAUGAAGUUGUUUUAUUUCAUAAAAAAUGAUUGAUCCAAUUUCUAAUUAUCAAUGACAGCUGUUCCAAAAUAGCAGUUUUUUUCAUAAUUUUUUUGUUUUUACUCUAUUUGUUCUUUAUGGAAGCGUAUUACAUUCAUUCCAAAAAUUUUAAAAGUUUAUUCUUUAUCUGUAAAAUUGAUCUCAUUAAUUCGGCAAAUCUGAACUUUUUUGAGGGGGUGGGGUGAACGCAGUACACUUCUGCAGUUCUUGAAAUCUUGGCUGUCAGUUUUUCAAAAUUUAUGCACAUCAAAACUUAACGGACAUUAAAUUACACCGUAACUUGUUGAAUUUGGUGUUCCUUUGGUCUGUUUUUAUUUUCAGGAAACAAAAGGAGGAAGGAUGGAAUGACAAAUUACUAAAGUUAAGGUUUGCAAAACCUUGUCUUGGUUUGGGUCAUUUAUUACAAGUAUUUCUUACAAAAAAAUUUGUUUUUGUCAUUGUGUUUAGAAAAAAAAGGACUCAAAUACCUUGCAUAAGGACUGAAAUGUUUUUUUUUUGUAAGUUUUAUUUUUCCAUUUAUCUUUCCUGUUUUCAGACAUUAUCACUUGUUCCACUAAUUUGACUUUUAGUGCAUGCAAAAUAUUAAAGUAACCAAUAUUUUCUGUUUGACAGAAUAUUAAAAUGUGACUUUUUUUUGAAGACCAUAUUUUGAUUUCAUUCUGAACCCAGAAUUAUAAAGUUUGCGGGGCAGUUCAACAGAAAGGCGUACCCAUAAAGUGAUGGAAAAAUAAAUGAAGGGUUCUGCCCAGAACAUGCUGUAAAUAAGCUUUUACCUACUUGUAAUAGUUGUUAAUAAUCUGUGAUUUGUUUUAUUUGAAAGCAAAACAUUGACUCACAAAAAUAAAAAAAGAUCAACCGAGACCAGUUGCUUUAACGUUUUUAACUCCUAGUGGUUUGAAAAUUGACCGAUGUUUCUAUUUCUUUUAAAAAUAAAAGAUGUGGAUAUGAAAUCUUCAAUAUUUCAGCCAUAGGAAAUUGUUUUUAAUAAACUAUUUUUGUACCAA